AUGGCCCGAGAGGUAGAGAUCAGUACUGAGUAUCAGUUAGUAGUGGAAAUCGCUCGCAGGAUUGAGGGUUAUCGCCAGAGGAGUAGAGAGCAGUUUCAGCAGGACAAGAGGGCCCCAUUUUUCGGAGAGUUCAGAGGCGCCCCAGCCAGGGGUAGGGGGCACACGAGGAGGGAUCAAUCGGGCAGACCCCCGUAUUCAAGACCAACACCUCCCCGAGGUACUCCAGUGAGACCUUAUUUCAGUGCGAUGCCGGAGGGUUCUUACCGUCCACCACCUAGUCAGGGUUCUUCCAGCGAGUAUUCUGGUCAUCAGGGUUCUCCCAGUGCUUACUUUAAUGCCAUGCCAGAGAGUUCUUAUCGCCCACCAGCCAUUCAGGGUCCUUCUGGUGGAUAUUCGGGUCGGCAGGCUCAGACUUCAGGGCAGCAGGCUAUGGCGCCGAGGGGCUACUACGAGUGUGGAGAUCCGGGUCACAUAAAGAGGACCUACCCCAAACUUAGGGGCAAGGCAGUACAGCAGGGCCAUCAGCCUAUGGUUUCAGCACCGGCUGCCCCACCACCUAGAGAUCCUGCGGGGGAUCCUAUCUUUGAGGAGCAGGGCAAGGUUCCUGUAGCUGAGCCUACCCCGGCGGACUUUAUGACGGCACCGGGUUUCCAAGAGGUCAUGGGUCCGAACCCAACUAUAUCUCAGGCGGGAAGAGGAGCACAGACCCCUACUGCCCAGGCUCCGGGUCAUGCAGCUGCAGUGUAUCAGACUCCGGGGGCACUACCCGCGGAUAGGGCUUAG